CCCCGCCCCCUGCCGGCCCCAGCCUGCUGUUGUUGUUGGAGCCCAGCUGAUUGCUCCGCGCAGGUCAAGGAUGGCAGAGGCAUCGCCCAGCAAGCCGGGGGCCCUACCCCGCGGCCCCAGCCCCGUCCCUGUAGCCUUCCUCAACGUGGCACACUCCUACGUGCCCGGCACCAAGGUGGAGUGCCACUACACCCUGCCGCCCGGCACCAAGCCCUCCGCCAGGGACUGGAUCGGCAUCUUCAAGGUGGAAGCGGCGUCCGUGAAAGAUUACUACACCUUCGUGUGGUGCCCGGUGCCUGAGGGGGGACCCACGGGGGUGCCCCUGCACUCCAGCGUCCAGUUCCAAGCCAACUACCUGCCCCCACCAGGGGCCCAGCAGUACCAGUACCGCUAUGUGGACCGGCGUGGGGAGGAGCGGGGACGCAGCAGCCCCUUCCAGUUCAGCGAGCCCCGGCCCAUGGAUGAGCUGGUGACGCUGGAGGGGGAUGAGGACGGCAACAUGGACAUGCUGCUGGUGGUGCCCAAGGCCACCCUGCUGCAGAAUCAGCUGGAGGAGAGCCAACAGGAGCGCAGCGGCCUGGCACGGGACAAGCAGCGGCUGGAGGAGGAGGUGAAGGAGCUGCAGGCCCGUCUGGAGCUGCUGGAGGUGGCACUGAGCGGGCUGCGGGCUGAACACAGCAAGCUAACUGAGCAGUACAAGGACCUGUCGGGCUCUCACGCAGCUGUGACAGAGGAGCGGGAUGCACUGAGCCAGCAGCAGGCCGGGCAUCUGGCUCGGAUCCGUACGCUGGAGGAGGAUGUCCAGGCCAUCAGCGCCAAGGUGCUGCAAAAGGAGGUGGAGCUGGACAGGAUGAAGGACACGGUGAAGGCGAUGAUGAGGGAGCAAGAGCGGAUCCACCACCAGCUGAAGGAGGAGAGUGCUGAGAAGGAGCAUUACCAGGUAAAGCUGCGGGGCUCAGAGCAGGAGGGCGUGUGCCUGGCGGGCCAGCUGCACCGGGCCGAGGCCCAGCGCACCGCCGGCAUCUCCCAGGCCCUGGCACUGAAGCAGGACAUCAACAAGCUGCAGCAGAAGCUGGCAGCCGCGCAGCAGAGGACGGCCCAGCUGGAGGCACUGAGUGAGCAGCUGCGCUGCACCCAGGACCUGCUGGCUGCCAGCCAGCAGAAGGUGGCACUGCUGGGCGAGGAGCUGGCCAGCGCCGCCUCCAUCCGCGACCGCACCAUCGCCGACCUGCACAAGAGUCGCCUGGAGUCGGCCGAGACCAACAUCAAGCUGGCAGACAUGACCCUCAAGUGGAAGGAGGGCAAGGGGCAGUGGGGAAAAGAGAAGAGCAGCCUGCUGCAGAGCAUGGAGGCGGAGAAGGACAAGAUCCUGAAGCUGAGUGCUGAGGUGCUGCGGCUGGAGAAGAGCCUGCAGGAGGAGCGGGCCCAGAAGCAGGCGCUCAAGGCCGAGCUGUCCCGGGAGAGGGAUGCCAGCCUGGUGCAGCUGUCGGAGACCAAGCGGGAGUUGAAGGAGCUGCGAGCUGCCCUGACAGUGUCGCAGAAGGAGAAAGAGCAGCUGCAGGAGGAGAAGCAGGCGCUGUGGCAGGAGCUGCUGGAGUACACACGCCAGCUGGAAGAGAGGCUGGAGAAGGUGGCUGAUGAGAAGUGGCGCGAAGUGGCAGUGCCCGAGGAUGAGGAGGAGGCGGCCGUGGUUCUGGCCUCCCUGGACUCUCCGCUCUCGGACUCCGAGGACGAGUCGCCCGAGGACCUGCGGCGCCAUCCCCAGCUGAGCCCCUACAGCCUGUGUGACCAGCGAGCGGCCCCUGGCACCCCGCCCUGCCCGCGGGAGCCUGCCCCCCCCGUGGUGAUCAGCCAGCCCACCCCCAUCACCACCCACAUUGCCCAGCCCACUGAGGACAGCAGCUCUGACUCGGAGGCGGAGGACGAGAAGGCCGUACUGCUGGCAGCCGUGCAGACCGGAGGGGAGGAGGCCAGCCUGCUGCUGCCGGACCUGGGCAAUGCCUUCUACGAGGUGGCCAGCGGUGUGACAGGCCGGCAGCCGGUGGAGCGGGCACCCGCGGACCUGCCAGCCUCCCCGGGGCUGUGGCGUGAGUGCCCCAUCUGCCGGGAGCGAUUCCCGCCCGAGUGUGACCGCGAGGCCCUGGAGGAGCACGUGGACGGGCACUUCUUCUUCAGCGCCCACGACCCCUUCACCUUCGAGUGACACCUGGGGGCCACCCCUGCCCAACAGGGAUGGGGGGGUCACACUGCCCAGAGGGCUGGGGUGGGUCGGCCUUGGGCCCCGCUCCCCUGCCAGCUGGCACAGGCUGAUCUCCUGGGUCCCUCGGGGCUCUGGGUCAGGAUAAGGGGAGUGGGGGAGCUGCUGAGGGGCUCCAUGGGGGGGUUUACCCCUCCAUGGCAGCCCCUGGAAAGCCCCCAAGCUGCUCCUGGCUGAUGCCGGGGUGGGGACCCUGCUGCUGUCACAGGGGUCCCCCCUAGCCCCGGAGCCACAUGGCCAAUGCAGCUGGUGCCCCCUGGGCGGGCAGGAGAGAGGCUUUGGGCCCUGUCACACAGUUGUGUGUGUGUGUGCACAAGUGGGCCUAUGUGUGCAUGUGCAUGUAUGCACACAAGUGGGCCUGUGUGCAUAUGUGCUCACAAACAGCCAUGUAUAUAUGUGUGUGUGUGUGUGUGUGUGGACAAGUGGGCCUGUGUGUACGUGUGUGUGUGCACAAGUGGGUGUUUGUGUACGUGUGUGUGUGUGUGCAUGAGUGAGUCUGCAUGUACAUGUGUGUGUGCGCAAGUGGACCUGUGUGUGUAUGUGCACAUGUAUACACGUAAGUGGGCCUAUGUACAUAUAUGCACACAUGUGUAUGUAUGUAUGUAUGUGUGCACAAGUGGGCCUGCAUGUACACAUGUGCAAAAUGGGCCCGUGUGUACAUGUGGGUGCACAAGUGAGCAUGCUUGGACACGUGUGCACAAGGGGGCCUGUGCGCUUGUGUAUGCACAAGCGUGUACGUGCGCUCGGGGUCUCCCUCCCUGUGCCCUUGGCUCCAGCACAGCUCUAUCAAGCCCCCUUGCCCCUCCCCAAGGUCCAUUCCUGCCCCCUCAGCCGGGCAGUGCCCUGCUCCCAGGGCUGGUGCCCGAACCAGAGCCCCAGCAGCAUCCAGCCUUUGCACCAGCACCUCACAGGCCGGCCCCAGCCCCUUCCUCCUGCCCCUCGCCACGAGGGGAUUGCUGCAGACCCCAGCAGCAGGGGAGGACAUCAGGAACUAGCGCCAGCCCCGAUCCUCCCACCACGGGGAAGGGGGCAGAUCUGCCCCCACCCCCUUUUAUCUCUGCCCUGGGCAGGAACCUUUUAUAACUGACUUUCUACUCCAGGGGCUUUCGGGUCCCCCCCAACACCCUCCCCUCCCCCGCUGGGCAUCUUCCCCCUCUCCCCCACAUAGCAUGCUCAGUGCGUAGUGUUGAUUUGCCCUCGGUUUGCUUGAUUUUUUGCUCCCCUUCGACGUAGCAUCCCCCCCAACACGGUUAUUCUCACACCCUUUGCUUUUCCGUGACUUCUCGGUGGGGGGGGUAAAGAACCCAGGUAUCCGGCGAGCCCCCCCAACCCGCCCCCCCAAUCUCUCGCAGAGGAGAGAGCGAGCUGUGGAUGCACCGUGCCUUCUGAGGGCGGGAGACGCUGGGAUGGGGAGCGAGGAGGGUCCCUGCUAUGCACCCCCCAGCCCCUUUCCCGACCUCUUUCCCAUCUAUUUUCAAUGCGGUUAUUUUUUAAAUGAAGAGACGGUAACACACCCCCCCCCCCCCCCGCCCCCGUCAGAGCAAUAACCCGCGGCCCGCCCGCCGGCCCCUGUAUAGCGUGUAUAUAUCUAUAUUUAUAUUCCGUGUCUCGGCUAUUCUAAUAAAACCCGGUUUCUUCCAA